CGGUCAAUUCUGGACGCACCAAAAUUCUACGGAAACUUUUCUGGCCGAAACAGUCACAACUUCUCAACUUUUCAAUCUUGUCAACACCCGAACUUCCCACAGAACUCGAAGGCUCAGUCUCCGCCCAAAAUCGCGGUUAAAUCGAUUGAUUUCUCGUGUUCUUCUCAUCUCUUGUAAGUUAAUUUACCUCUAACAUUUCCCAUUUGCGCCUCGAUACUUUUUGCGACGCUGUCAGCUCGAGACUUGUGGGCGCAAUUCAACCGAAGUUGUCGCAAAUAAUACCUACGCAAAAAAUCACCAAAGCUAACCAAAUACCACCCCUGCGCAGAACAACAAAUCUACAAAAAUGAAGCACCUCGCAGCUUACCUUCUUCUCGGCCUUGGUGGCAACACCUCGCCUUCCGCUUCCGACGUCAAGGAAGUCCUCGAGUCCGUCGGUAUCGAGGCUGACGACGAGCGUCUGGAGAAGCUCCUGUCUGAGCUCGAGGGCAAGGACAUCAACGAGCUGAUCUCCGAGGGAUCUGGCAAGCUUGCCUCCGUUCCUUCUGGUGGUGCUGGUGGCGGUGCUGCUUCCGGUGGUGCCGCUGCUGGUGGUGCCGCCGCCGCUGAGGAGAAGGCAGAGGAGAAGGAAGAGGAGAAGGAGGAGUCCGACGAGGACAUGGGCUUCGGUCUUUUCGACUAAGCGAAUAUCGCAAACGGUUAUGUCAACGAAGUCAACGGUUUUUAGGGAAGUGGCACAAAAAUGGACUGGUGUGGUGGUCUGGCAUGGUAUUCGGCGGCGUGGAAUGGUCUGCGUUUGAUCGACUAGGGCAUCUAGAAACGGCUAAGGCAAAAAUACAGUCCUGCUUCUCUGAAUUUUCGUUUUCCGCUUUUUCCUCCCCGAACUGAUGUGAUAAUGUGUCCCUGAUUUCUCGAAUUUCUAAACUUACUGCGGACUUUGCGAUACUCUUAUAUACAUCGCGAUACUUGUCCAGGAUUGUACAUGAUCCAGUUGAUCAUUACGUUACUGUAGGUUCCUUAUGGGGAUUCAAUGCGAAAUGAAUAUUUCGUAGCGUUUGGGCGUAGCUUGCUUAUUAAAUUCCACAUCUAUCCC